AGGGCGAGCCACAAGAGCGCGCAGCGCGCAUCCGCCGCCACUGACAGCAGUCCAGCAGAUGCUGAGAAGUGCAGCCUGUCCGCCUUCGCCGCUGGUGUUUGUCAUGACCGUCCGCUUCAAUGCGUCUCCCUGAAGCUGCGCCGAACACAGCACAGGGAGGCAAAGGAGGAGGGAAGGUUGCCCGACGAAAUCCAGAUCCAAGGGGGCUGCGCUGGAGACGCUGCACCGUCGCAAAUGUCGCUGCGAAAAUGCGCUGGCCAGAUUUCUCCCCCGCGUGUGUGCAGGAUUUAAAUUAAAGGGGAGUUCGCUUGGGGUAGACCACUUCAGCAGAUCUGUUUCUUUUUAUCAUGUGCAACAACUCGCCUUCCAGCCAGGACAACCAAAGACAAUGCAAAUUUCUGUCAUACAUGUUCUACCAGGCAGUCCGGGACCGUAAGCCGGUGUGGAUGCUGGAGGAAAUGAGGACGAUGGAAUCAUUCUACUGGGAAGAGAACACCAAACUCCGCACUUACACCCCUUCGGAAGCCCUCCUGUACGCAGUGGUGCACAAUCACCUCCCCUAUGCCCAAUACUUGCUGUCUCGUUACGCGGACGAGGCUCUGGAAAUGCCCGGGGAUCGAUUCUGUUGCUGCCCUUCAUCCGCCCCUCAUCUCGCCAUGGCUGUCAGGUACGACCGCAAAGACAUCCUGGGCCUGAUCCUGAAGAUCGCCAGCCAGCUGCCCGGCUUCAAGUCGUACGUUAACCGGAAGGGCUGUUUUCACGUCGAGGAUGGGAAAACUCCACUUCACUUGGCCUGUGAGCUUCUGAGAGCUGAAAGCGUCCUGAUGCUGCUCGGGAGCGGGGCUUCGCCGAAGAUUGCCGACAGCAAAGGGCUCACGCCGCUGGAUGUGAUUCUAGAACAGCUCCAGGUCUCCAAGAUCAACGCAGAGUCCACAAAGUUGUGCAUCGAUCACCUGCUGCUCUUCACCUCAAACCUACAAUUCAAGAUGAAGGGGGAUUUGAAAGACAACCCGGCUGAAUGGAACAGGCUUCUGGGCGAAGAGAAAUACAACUACCUCUCUGGGAAAACGCCCGCUACUUUAUUCCUAAUUUCUAUGCAAGGCGUCUUAAAAUGCCUUCCGCCAUCGGAUUUCCCAGCCAGCGUGAAGGAAUUGCCCAUACCGCAAUCCUUAAAACCUCUGCCUUCAGAAAGAUUGACAUUGCGUUCGCUCAAUGUACAGUAGCGCUAAUUUACCUUAAAAGGGAUUUUUGUGACCAUGAAUGAAUUGUUGCUACAGGAAUGCCAAAAUUGUCCUCUAAAGAAAAAGCAUGGUAUGCGUUCCUUUUAUAGCUUAUUAUCUUUCGACCUGUGCUGAUACAAAGAACAGAUUCAAAACCUUGCAAAAUGAACGGAUCGAUUAGUUCGUGAGGCAUGUGACCUUUAAUAUCACUAUUGGGUAGAGAAUGCGAAACAGAAUUGUGAAUCUUACUGUGCUGGGCUACUUAAAUGACAAUCUUCCAGGAGCUCAGAAUGAAGAAGAAACUGCAAUUCCUGAUAGCAUGUGUUAGAGAAUAAAUAGACUACAGCAGCUGGAAGCAAGCUGUUUAUCUCUGCGAAUGGAUUCUGGUUACAGAUCCAUAUUGUGUUUCUGUGAUUGCCUAGGCCGCGAGUUCAUUAGACUUUGUGAAUACGUUAUAAGACAGUAAUAAUACGUUAGCAUUAAUUUCCGUGCUGAACGAUAGGUAAUAAAUCAAUACAUUCAAUUAAAUUAAUAUUAAUAUACUUCCAUAUUUUAAACAAUCUUUUCAUGUAGACGUCCCUUUCACUCUUCGAAUACGCCCUCUUGUACAGAGCAUUUAUGUUUGUGUAUAAUAAGAACAAGGCUGACUUUGAGAAUAUGAUCCCUAAGAAAAUAAAGGGGCCAAUAAAUAAUACUAACAUUCUAGGAUGUUAUUCCUAGUUUACAAAAUAUUAAAACAUUGCAUGUUUACUGUAAACCAUAAUAAAUUAAGUAUUUAAGGAAUUGUAUGUGCCAAAGGCAAUCUAUUUAUAUAUCAAGAAACUUUUCAUUUCUGUAUAAUAUCCAUAAUUCAGGAUCCUAAGGACAUGCUGCAUUUAAUGAAGAGAGUUUUUAAUUUUUUAAAACUUUUAAUCAUGUAUAUCUGUUCAUUAAAAUUUUUAAAAUUACAUUUAAAUAUUUAUUAUAGCAAUGCUAUUGAAUAUAUUAGUUCCUAGCAAGUCAUAGUUCAUUUCAAAUCCAGAAUUGGCAAAUUGUAUCUCUGAUUUGUAAAUGGCUAUGUUUUUUUUUAACUCACUGGAGUUGACUGGAUGACUGACGCUGCCUUUCUGUACAUUUGUUGUUGAGAAGAAAAUGAGAGUACCUAAGUUUUACAUUGAUCAUUUUGGCUGCUUUACCAUUUGGUUAACAAAUGGUCCUCAGUGUUUAUAUUGUAAAUAUUCACAUGGAAAAGAAUAUUUGUACAGAGAUAUACACAUUUUCUACUGAUGUAAAAAUCAUCUAAAGUAGCGAAGUCUGAGGUUGGUCAGAAAUUUUAGUUGAACCAACUGCAGUAAAAUCUCUAGGUAGUUAAAUAUAAGUAAAAGUGAAAGCAUGAUUGGGCAUAUUUUGUAUUGUUAAUAUGCAUGUAUGUAGAAUGGAUUUCUAUCAAA